AUGUCUAACGGCGUGCGGCCCCUCUCGUUGCUUGCCCUCCGAGACAACAUCCGCGCAUGGCCCGGAGGCACCGGCGAGUACAAGAUCGCUGGCAACUACGGUCCCGUCCUCGGGCCCCAUCAAGACGCACAAGAAAAGGGCUACGACCAAACGCUGUGGCUUCUGGGGGAGAAGAUCACCGAAGCAGGUGUCAUGAACAUUUUCGUUGUGUUGCGGCGCGACGAUGGCGGUGUCGGUUUGUUCACGCCACCUCUUGAUGGCACUAUCCUCGCGGGUGUCACCCGUGAAUCUGUUCUUGAUCUCGCGGGCGCGCACUCAUCACGCACGACGCUCCCAGACCUGCCGCACACUAUGCGAUUACACCCCGCCGAACGCGAAUUCACCAUAUCAGAGCUGCAGCAGUGGUUGGUCGAGGGCCGAUUGCUCGAAAUCUUCGCCGUCGGCACUGCUGUGAUCGUUGUGCCCAUCACACGCAUUGGCUACGAAGGCGAAGAAAUGAUUCUGCCUUCAUUUGAAGGCGGGCUUGGGCCGGUAGGACGGGCCCUGCAUACGCGCAUCACGGACAUACAAGACGGGCGUGUUGAGUGGGAUGGAUGGUCGGUCGUAUGCGACUAG